AUGAGCGCUCCACCGCCCGGAAGGCCAAACGGCGCCCCAAGGCCUCCCAUGCAGAAGGCAAACCCAUUGCGCCCUAUGCGAAGGAAGCCAGCGAAUCCUAUGGUAGCCCCACGGCGCGGACCGAAUGCUGCUCCUCCUCCUCCUGCUCCGAAAUCGAAUGCCCAGAAUGGCGCGCAAAAGAGUCUUGCUCAGCGACGCCUAGCAAACGAUGGUUGGAUGGACCCAAAGCCCGAAGGAGCCCAAGACAUCCCCAUCUUGACGACGAAGAAGGAGCUUUUACAAGGGAUGCGCUUUCACCUCAUGAAAUUUGCCCAAUCCAAGAUGGGUGACAAGCCUGUUGAUCCAACCGACCAGAAUGAGUUUGCGCGCCCAGUCACGCUUCAACGCCGAGACGCCCGACAGCCGCCAGCUGGCCGAGCUAUCCGUACUGACGAGCCCGAGGCUCCUCCGGUUGACGAGUCUGAAAGGGAGCGGAUGGCUCAGAUGAAGGCGGAUAAGGAAGCACAACGAGCGAUUGACCAGGCCAAGAUCGCCCCAGUAGCCAAAGACCCCAACCCAAAACCGAAAAAGAAGCAAAAGGAGGAAAAGACCAUGUUUCAUCGGACACACAAGACCGAGGCAGCCAAGAAGGAGUCUGACCUGAGAUAUGAAGAGGCCCUUCCUUGGCAUCUGGAGGAUGCGGAUGGCAAGAAUGUGUGGGUGGGCAACUACGUGGCUGCGCUCUCUGAGAGCACGGUUGCUUUCAGGAUUGAUGGACAUUAUUUUCGAAUGCUACCCUUGGAAAAGUGGUACAAAUUCUCGUCCAAGCCUCCUUUCCAACCCUUCACGAUCGACCAGGCCGAGGCCUUCAUGAACCGUAAAGUCGACGUUGGACGAUGGGUGAUGAAGAAUGAGGAUCAGAAAGCACAGGCUGCCGACAUGGAGGCCACCCGCCGAAUGCUAUAUGGUAAAGGUACCAUGGUCAAGACAGAGAGUUCCACUUUCAGGAAUGCAACGAGACAAGAAAAGCUCGAACAUGACGAAUUGGAUGUAUCUGGAGAUGAGUUCCAGGAUGACGAUGAUAAUGUCAACUUCGAAAGGAACGAUGAUGAAGAUACCAAGGAAUCGAAAGACCGGAUCCGUCGUGAGCAGCUUGGUGCUAAUCUUUGGGGUGAUGGCGAUGAGCAGGAGGUUGACAGGGAUCUGAAGGAUCAGUUGCGGGAAGAGCUGGAGAGGAAGAAGUAUGGUAAAACUACCAAGAAGGCUCUCAUCAAGCGCGAUAGGGAAGAUGUUUAUGAGAGUGAGAACUCAGAGGAGAACCCCUGGGAUAGUUCGUCUGCUGACGAAUCAUCUGAUGAUGAGGAAGAAGUAAAGGAGGAGGAAGACCAAGCAGAUGGAAAGGGUACGAACGACAGCAAGGAUCAAGACAAAGACAAAGAUGGCAAGAGCGGCACACAAGGCAAGCCGAAACCUGACCCGGCAAAGAGCAAAAGCCUGAAAAGAGCAGGCUCCCCGACCCUUUCAGAAUCUAGUGGAAACGAAUCGUCGAGGAAGAAGAUCAAGAAGACGGCCACUCCGGCUGGUGGAAGUCGCGCGGGAACACCCAUGCACAUGCGCAAGCUGAAGACCGGUGGCGCUGGCUCUGGUAGCGACGGAGAGGCGACCGCAGGUGAGAUGUCUGACGGUGCUGGUGCCAAGAUCAAGAAGAAGAAGAUUAAGGUCAUUGGAAGCGGCCAGGGAUCCCCAUCAGCGUCUCGGGCGGGUAGUCCCAACCCUGGACAAGGAAGUGCAUCCCCUGUGUCAUCAGCAGGUAAGGGAAUCGAGGCAUGGGAAAUCGUGGAAAAGAUCCCCCCCGAGGGAAUCACUAUUGGCGAACUGAUCAAGCCAUUCCUUGGGCGGAUUGGAGACAAGCCUGGCCAGAUGUUGAAGAAAGACUGGAUCGACCUAGUCAAGGUGACAUGCGACUAUGGACCGGACAAGCGACUCCGUCGUAGAAAUAGGUAG